GUGAGCAGAGAAAGACUUUGACGUUGAGUUGCAUGUUGAUGGGGGGAGUUUUUGUUUGAACUGCGAAUUUUAAAAUUCAGCAUGACAUCUGGAAAGGAAAUAUUGACAAUACAGUUAGGUCAUUAUGCGAAUUUUGUGGGUAGUCAUUGGUGGAAUAUACAGGAAAUGGGUUUUGACUACACUGGUGCAUCAGUAUCAGACAUAAACCAUGAUGUCCUUUAUAGAGAAGGUAAAACAGACAAGGGGUAUGUGACAUUUACACCAAGGCUUCUAUUAGUUGACUUGAAAGGCAGCCUACGCCAUCUUCCUGAGCAGGGAGAUUUAUAUGAAGAGGUUCCUGACUCCAGUAAUGUAAAUGUAUUAUGGCCUAAAGAGAAAGUCGAUGUUAUACAAGCUCCAAAGCCAGAAAAAAAUGAAUUUUUAGAAGAUUUGUCUAAAGAGCACAUGGAACCAGAAGAAAUUCCUUUGAAGAUUUAUGAUCUUGAUAACGAAGUCAAUGUAUGGUCAGACUUCUUGCGAACUCGUUAUCAUCCAAGGACAACAACAGUUAUAAAUAAAUAUCAGCAUGGAAAUUCUGCUCAGACCUUUGAUGUAUAUAAUUAUGGACUAAGUUUAUGGAAGACACAUGAUUUUGAAGAAGAAUUUACAGACAAGAUCCGUCAGUUUGUUGAAGAAUGUGAUAGUAUGCAGGGCUUUCAAAUAAUCGCAGAUAGCACAGAUGGAUUUUCUGGCUUAUGUAGUGGGUUACUGGAACACCUGGCAGAUGAGUAUCGAGGAAAGAGUUCUCUUACAUUUCCUACUAUUCGUUCCACAUACCCAGGCAGCACGCCGUUUCAAGACAGCAUUCGUACAGUGAACAUAUUGUUAGGAUUUACAAGUUGGGCAGAGCACAGUUCACUGUUGGUUCCUCUGAGUACAGCCUCUUCUGGAUGGCGGACAGUUGGCCCACCACGUCACUUUCCAUUGCUACAGUAUAAUGCAGAUCUGUUAUACCACAGCAGUUCAAUGAUAGCAGCUGCACUGGAAACUUUGACGUUACCGUGGCGACUGCGAACACCACCAUCUUCGCUUGGUGACAUGUGCAGUGGGUUAUCAUGCGUUGGCAGAACGUUUGCUGCAGCCAGUCUCUCUCUGCCCUUCAGUUUAAAAGAAGAUGCUUUCCUACUAGACACAUUGGAAAAUUGGGAUGGUCCCCUCUGGGAAAGCCUGACACCUAGCUGUCCACUACAAGAGGACCGUAUAUGGAUACAGUCUCUAACUCUACGAGGCGUUCCUGCCACUAAACUUAAAAGGUCAAAUGGGGAUCCAAGGAGCCCAGCAUACUCGUGUUCUUCUGUACAGGAGAUGCUGUCUCUUUUCUUAUCCUGUUGUUCAUAUGCUACUGCUUCACAAGUGACAACAAGUGAAAAGCCUCUUGCUGUAACUUCACCAUUUCCUCAGUUUUUCUCAAAAAUGGUUACACCUGAUGGUUCAUUAAGUACCAAGGAAAGACCACCAGAAACUUGUGUACAUUCUGUUCCUGCACUGGCUGGCCUUCACAGCACCAAAGGAGUUGGCACUAUGCUGGAGUCCUUGCACACUGAAGCAUCUCGACUUCACAUGACGCGGAUGCAUCAGUUUCGUAGCUCAGGCCUCGAAGAUGAUGAAUAUAAUGAGUGCCUUUCAGCUCUGUUGGAGUUACGUGAUUGUUACCGUGAGGAGUUUGAUGUCUGAAACAUCAUAAUAAUUUUCGCCAUUUUGGUUGUGACAAUAAAAUGUUCCAAGAUUAUACUAUCUUGGUUUCUGCACAAGAUAUGAAAAAUCCAUAGGCACUGGCCAUGGAACAAACAUUAAAGCAGAUAUUCUUAUGGAGAGAAAUAAUAUUUCAGAAAUCAGAAGCCAGAGUGAUUUUACCAGUUUAAUUGCAUAUUUUAAUUCUGUUACAAAUGGCCUCAGAACAGUGGUAAUUUUUUUUCUUUAUGGAGAGCUAAUUUUUCGAUAUUUUUGUCUCCUGCAGUGGUAAAUCUUGCCUUUCUGACGUCGGUAAUUCCAUGGCAGUUUCUCUAAAGUCUAAUACACUUACAAACGUCAUAGGCAUUAGUAUGUUAGUAUUAUGUGACAUACGUUAUGGUCACCAUUCAGAAUGGUCGGCAGUAUCAAAUUAUCAGUGGCUGACACAGAAAAAAGUAUCAGAUUCAGAUGAUGACUGGCUUUUUCAGGUAGGCAACAUGAUGUGCAGAAAUUUGUGUGAAGACAAACUAAUUAAAAAAGAGAGCAGUUAAAUGCAUAAAUGGUGCUGAGCAUUUCAAUUAGAAUGUCAUGUAGGAAUGAUAGCAACUAACAAUGUGUAGGAAAAAUUGUAUUAAUUUGAACCAUAUCCAUUUGAAAGCAUUUCUUGCAUGCUCAAAAUCGGUCAGUCCUUCUUCUUGUUGUGCUUUUGGCCCAUGUUGAUGCAAUUUUAUUAACGGUUUUGGCAUGGUUAAUUUAAGGAGUGGCUGGAUGCCCUUCCUGUCACCACACCAUUACCACUCCACCCUCUCCCCGAAUGUAGAAUACAAAUACCACAAAUGUCUGCGUGUAGUGUUAUCCAUGGGAAAGUGAAUGAAAGUUUUGUAAAUGUUACAAAUCAUGUAACUGAGAUAGGACUUAAGACCAUCCUGGUAUUCACCUAGUGGGUUGUGGGAAACUACCUAAGAACCUCAUCUAUGCAAGCCAGAACACUGAUCCUCAUCAUUAAACCAUCGGGCGGAUUCGUUCCAUGGUGGAUGCAGUUCCCAUUCUGGAAGCAGUGACUCAACACACACACACACACACACACACACACACACACACACACACACCUGUCCAGGUGGUUUAAAAUUGGUCAACCCUUAACCUUUUAACUGCUCUGGACGUGUUAACACCCAUGCAUAGACACGUUCAGAGUACCAGUUAGAAGGACUGGUGGCGCACAUAAACAGGUUCAGAGCACACAGGGACAGGCACAAAAUGCGCACGUGCUGACACGUCCAGAGCAUUUAAGGGGUUAAAGAAGUGAAAUUAUUUCAAGACAUAUAGCUGGUUGCUGUCAUUCUAACACUGGCUGUCUUUCUGGUCAGUCACAGAAUUUCUUUGUCCAAUGUUGACAAAAUAUUGUCUACAAUUAAGUCAUGCAACUUGAUUCUAAGAUGUUGAUAGCUCAAGUUCAUAAAUGUGACUGUACAGUGCAAAAUAAUGAGAACAGUGUUAACAAUCAA